AUGGACCCCUCAGACCCAUUCCUUCAAGUCCAAGGAGACGUACUCAAUACUCUCCAAGCAUCCCGCCCCCUCUUCUCUUCAUACAUUCGCAUCCGCUCCCUAGCAAAAUCACCCCAAAACCCCGAACUCCAACAAGCGCGCUCCGAACUUGAAACCACUCUCUCCGAACUCAGCGCCGACCUCGAUGACCUCGUUGAGAGCGUCCGCGCCGUCGAACUCGACCCGUACCGCUAUGGCCUGGAACUCGAAGAGGUCUCGAGACGACGGGGGCUAGUCAAUGAUGUGGGCAGGGAGGUCGAGAAGAUGAGGGCGGAGUUGCAGAAGGCGAUUACGGAUACAACUACAACAAUACCAGGGGCAGCGGGGGAUAGUAGUAGGUUACCGCUACCGGAGGACUUUGAUCAGGAUUUACCGCCCGAGGAGCGGGAUGAUGAUUACUAUGCUGCGAUGGAAGAGCAACGGCAGGCGGAGUUGAUGCAUGAGCAGGAUGAGCAGUUGGAUGGGGUGUUUCGGACCGUGGGGCAUUUGCGCGAGCAGGCGAAUGAUAUGGGGAGAGAGUUGGAGAGCCAGGCUGUUAUGUUGGGGGAAGUCGAUACGUUGGCGGAUCGGGUUGGCGGGAAGUUGCAGGGGGGGAUGUCGAGGUUGAAGCAUAUUGUGAGGCAGAAUGAGGAUACGAUGUCGUCUUUCUGUAUCGCGGCGCUCAUCUUCAUUCUCGUUUUAUUAUUAAUUUUGAUCAUUGCUCUAUGA